AGUCCAGCAGUUCAUCGAGGACACUCUAAAUAGCACUGCGAAGACCAAUUCACAACGAACACACUCUACCAACUCUGCCAUGAUUCUUGUGUUGUUACUCGCAUUGGUUGUGGUAUCCAAUGGUUUGCCAGAUUGUACUGAUAAGCAAAAAGAUAGUUAUGGGUGCAAUAUUUGGUUCAAUCAAGGACUUUGUAGUGACAGAAGGUACACGGCGUUUAUGGAAAACAAUUGUCCGGUAGCAUGCGGACUUUGCAAAGCGCCACCACCUACAGAACCACCGCCACCACAGAAUGUAGACGUGGACAUCACUGCUUGUCUUGAAGCCCACAAUGCCAAGCGCCGCUUACACGGUGUACCAGACCUCACAUGGGAUGAUGGCUUGGCCGGAGAUGGAAAAGCGUGGGCACUAAUCCUUGCCAAAAAAGACGGCCGCCUUAAACACAGUUCUGGUACUUAUGGUGAAAAUUUGUAUUACUCGAGCAGUCAAAACAUAAAGACAUGUGAGCAAGCUGUGGAAAGAUGGUACAACGAGAUAAAAGACUAUGAUUACGAUAAUCCAGGAUACGGAAGCAAAACAGGACAUUUCACCCAGGUUGUCUGGAAAUCCUCCACCAAACUGGGAGUUGGAAAAGCUACAGCGGACGCUGGUGGUGGUUACAAAAAAACCUACAUUGUUGCGCAGUACACUCCCAGUGGAAAUGUUCCAGGUCAAUUCCCGGACAACGUCUUACCGCUUUUAAGUUCUCACGAUGAGAUGUUGGGAGAACACGAGAAAAGGCAGUCAAAAGUCAAAAGCUUAGAAUGCGGAUUAAGCAGUUCAUCAAGGACACAGUCUAAAAGUGUUGCAAAGAUCUGCACUUCAGAACGAACAACUGCGCAAUCAGACAUGUUUCUUGUGUUGCUCGCAUUGGUUGUUGUAGCCAAUGGUUUACCAGCUACACCUCCUCCACCGCCAGAUAAUGUAGACGUGGACAUCACUGCUUGUCUUGAUGCCCACAAUGCCAAGCGCCGCCUACACGGUACGCCGACUGUAACUGUACCAGACCUCACGUGGGACGAUGGCUUAGCCGAUGAAGCAGAAAAAUGGGCUCUAAAACUUGCAAAAAGCGGCAAAUUUAAAGGUAGUUCUGGUGAUUAUGGUGAAAAUCUGUAUUUGUCGAUGGGCAGUAACUCAGGAACAUGUGAAGAAGCUGUUCAAAGUUGGUACGACGAGAUCAAGGACUAUGAUUACAAAUUUAGUAAAGAAACUAAACAUUUCACCCAGGUUGUCUGGAAAUCCUCCACCAAAGUGGGAGUUGGCAAAGCUACAGCGGAAGCUGAUGGUUACACAAAAACUUACAUUGUGGCGCGGUACACUCCUGCAGGAAAUGAACGGAAUAAAUUCGCAGAGAACGUAUUGCCACUUAAGAACAAAAGCUGCCAAGACGUUCUUAAAAGAGAGUUCGCAAUGAUGAGAAAAACUGUGAUAGUUCUGUUGGUGUUCGCCGUUGUAUUAGCACUUCAAGUUCACGAGGCAGAAUCACGAGACUGUCGUGAUCAAGGGCAAUAUGCAAAUCAUUGUCCUUAUUGGAAAAGACUUGGUUACUGUGCUAGUGGUGGCAAAUAUCAUAGUUGGAUGAUGAAAAACUGCAAGAAAACAUGCAGUGGAUGUGGAGACUGUCGUGAUCAAGGGAAAUAUGCAAAUCAUUGUCCUUAUUGGAAAAGACUUGGCUACUGUGCUAGUGGUGGCAAUAGUUGGAUGAUGAAAAACUGCAAGAAAACAUGCAGUGGAUGUGCAGCAACAAAUGCAAACACAAAUCAAAAAAACCAUGGUAACAGUGGAAAUAAUGGAAAUCAUCAAAAUGCUUGCCUUCGCAUCCACAACACCCUUCGCCGUAAACACGGUGUACCAGACCUCAGCUGGGACUAUGAAUUAGCCAGUAAAGCAUUGCAAUAUGCUCGAAAACUGGCAUACACUAACACAUUUAAACACGAUAAAGAACGCGGCAGAGGAAUCGGGGAAAACCUGUUUGCUAGUAGUAACCCGAAAUCAACAGUUGAAGAAGCUACACAGGCCUGGUAUGACGAAAUUAAAUACUAUAAUUUCAACAAUCCAGGAUUUAGUAUGAAAACUGGACAUUUCACUCAGGUUGUUUGGAAAGGGACCACCAGACUGGGCUGUGGCAUAGCCACUACUUCUCGAAGGGCCGUAGUAGUGGCAAGGUAUGCCCCGGCAGGAAAUGUCAAUUCAAAGGCGUAUUUCAGAGCAAACGUACCAAGACCUAGAUAAUAAAACAUCGCGGCAUGAAGAUUGCUAUGAAAUUGUCAUUUCAUAUUGUAAUUUCAUACUAUUGUUUUAUUGUAGACGGUCGGUGGGUAACGACCGAAGCAUGUAGCUAUAGAAAGCGGUUAAUAAAAUGAUGCAUGGGUA